AUGGCUUCAACUUUGAAAAUCCUCUUGUUUGUUCUUUUGAUUCAAUCUGCCAUAUUGACUGAAUCUUCUCGACACUCCAAGUCGAAGAAGAAGAAGAUUGAUGUCCAUAUAUUUAACGUUGUCGACUUUGGAGCUACCGGAGAUGGAACUAUGAUGAUUCUCAGAGCUUUAUGCAAGCAUGGGAUGCUGCUUGCGAAUCCUCAGCUUCGUCACCAAUGUGCCAAAUAUUGCAAUUCCAAUAACAUUACUUUCCAGAUUGAUGGCAACAUCGUAGCCCCAAGCAAACCUUCUGCAUGGCAAUGCAUACCAGAUUGUGAUCAUUGGAUUAGCUUCAGAAAGUUCGAUGGUCUCUCCAUUCAAGGAUAUGGUAUCAUCAAUGGCCAGGGUUCUAAAUGGUGGACUAUUUCUUGCAAAGAUGAGAAUAAGAACUGCCCCAGCCGAAAACCCACAGGUUUGGUGAUUGCAGACUCCAAUAAUGUAAAGAUUAAUGGAUUAACCUUUGAAGACAGUCCACAGGUGCACAUUGCACUUGAAAGGUAUACUUUGGUUCAUGCUACUAAGCUUACUAUCACAGCCCCUAAGACAAGUCCCAACACCGAUGGCAUUCAUAUUCAACAUUCCACUAAUGUUUCUAUUCACAACUCCAACAUUCAAACUGGUGAUGAUUGUAUCUCAAUUGGAAAUGGUUCUAAAUAUAUUAAUAUCACUAAAAUCGAAUGUGGUCCGGGUCAUGGAAUUAGCAUUGGAAGUCUUGGGAUUAAUGGAAGAACCGAUGAGGUUGAAUAUGUUCAUGUAAAGAAUGUUACUUUUCAUAAAACAACUAAUGGAGUCAAAAUAAAGACGUGGCAGACAUCGAAUGUGGAGAUUAGCAAUGUUACGUAUAAAGACAUCCAUGGGACAUCAAGUAGGAAAAUAGCAGUUGAACUUUCAUGCAGUGAGUCCAUCCCAUGCAAAAAUAUAAUCAUGAAAGACAUCAGUUUGAGCUAUAAAGACGACAAUGCCCACACCUCAUGCCUCAAUGCUCAUGGCUUUAAAAAUGGAAGUGUUGAACCAGAUGUACCAUGCUUACAAAAACAUGAUAAUUUAUAG